UUCUCUAAGUCUGCGAGGCCGCGGUGGGCGCAGAGAACCGAGCGCCACAGCCAUCGAGCCCGGCCUGCCCGGGUCUAUGGGGCCACCCCUCUGCGCCGCCCGGCCGGCCCCACGCCGCGCCCGGAGCCUGCCCUGCUACCAGUUUCCCCGGCAGGUCUCCCGGAGACACCCCCAGGCCCUGAGCGGGGCUCUUGGCUCCUUUCCGUCGCGGGAGAGGCGGGCCUCGGGUCCCGCAGGCUGCCCUGAGCCCUCCUGAGCGAGCCCCCGCCGAGAUGGCGGCCUCCUAUCCCAGCAGUGGCGGCGGAAGCGAGGUCAAAUGCGGGGGAGGUCGUGGCAGCAGCGUCCCGUGGGACUUUCUGCCGGGGCUCAUGGUCAAGGCCCAGCCGGGACCUUGCCUUCAGGCGCAGCGCAAGGAAAAGUCUCGGAACGCGGCGCGCUCGCGGCGCGGAAAGGAGAACCUGGAGUUCUUUGAGCUGGCCAAGCUGCUCCCGCUGCCUGGAGCCAUCUCGAGCCAGCUGGACAAGGCAUCCAUCGUGAGGCUGAGCGUCACCUACCUCCGCCUGCGCCGCUUCGCCGCGCUCGGGGCGCCACCCUGGGGACUGCGGGCCUCGGGACCGCCUGCCGGCCUUGCCCCAGGCCGCAGGGGCCCCAUGGCGCUGAUCUCAGAAGUCUUCGAGCAGCACCUGGGAGGACACAUCCUACAGUCCCUGGAUGGCUUUGUGUUUGCCUUGAACCAGGAAGGGAAGUUCCUCUACAUCUCAGAGACGGUCUCCAUUUAUCUGGGUCUCUCACAGGUGGAGCUGACGGGCAGCAGCGUCUUCGACUACAUCCACCCCGGGGACCACUCCGAGGUGCUGGAGCAACUAGGGCUGCGGGCCACGACCCCCGGCCCCCCCACCUCGCCUUCCGUCCCCUCCUCGUCCUCCUCCUCCUCAUCUUCCUCUUCGUUUGCGGAUGCUUCUGAGAUCGAAGCCAGCCCCACCGUGGGGCCCCCCUCCAGGGUCCAGGAGCGUUCCUUCUUCAUCCGCAUGAAAUCCACCCUCACCAAGAGGGGGCUGCAUGUCAAGGCUUCAGGGUACAAGGUCAUCCAUGUGACCGGUCGCCUUCGGGCCCGUGCCCUGGGCCUUGUGGCCCUCGCCCACACGUUGCCCCCGGCCCCACUGGCUGAGCUGCCACUGCAGGGACACAUGAUCGUCUUCCGCCUCAGCCUGGGUCUCACCAUCCUUGCUUGUGAGAGCAGAGUCAGUGACCACAUGGACCUGGGGCCCUCUGAGCUAGUGGGCCGCAGCUGCUACCAGUUUGUCCACGGACAGGAUGCAGCCAGGAUUCGCCAAAGCCACCUGGACCUGCUGGACAAGGGUCAGGUGAUGACCGGGUACUACCGCUGGCUGCAGCGGGCCGGGGGCUUCGUGUGGCUGCAGUCCGUGGCCACUGUGGCUGUGAGCGGGAAGAGCCCUGGGGAGCGCCACGUGCUGUGGGUCAGCCACGUGCUCAGCCAAGCCGAGGGCGGCCAAACACCUCUGGACGCCUUCCAGCUCCCAGCCAGGGUGGCCCGUGAGGACGUGUCCAGCCCAGAGCCAGAGCCCCCAGAUGGGAAGACAGAGGGCCAGGGACGCACACGGCGCCUUCUGAAUCUUCCUCUUCCAGAGCCAGAGCCUUUGGUGGAAGGGAAGCUAACUGCCCCCCUGGAAAAGGACAAAGCCCCUGGGGCCAGGGGCAAACCCAUCAAAGUGGAGCCUGGCCCAGGGGAGACUAAAGACCCAGAAGACAGUGGAGAUGAGGAGCCGUCUGGCCACCCAGCCCUGCCUCGGCCUGAGUUUACUUCUGUCAUCAGGGCAGGCGUCCUGAAGCAGGACCUGGUGCGGCCGUGGGGCCUGGCCCCUCCCGGGGACCCCCCGCCGUCCCUCUUCCACACGGGCUUCCUGCCCCCAGUCAUGCGGGGCCUGUGCACACCUGGCACCAUCCGCUAUGGCCCCACAGAGCUGGGCCUCAUAUACCCGCACCUGCAGAGGCUGGGCCCGGGCCCCACGCUCCCCGGGGCCUUCUAUCCCCCCCUGGGCCUGCCGUACCAGGGGCCCACAGGCACCAGGGUGCAGCGGAAGGGGGACUGAGGACUGAGUGAGCUGCUUACAGAGCUGGAACCUGGGGAUGGGCGGGGAACCCAAGAGGGCGGGGCUCUCAGCCCCUUCAGCUCUUCCUGGAAUAAACACCUGCACUCCAUCUCUGGCUUGGUCUCUGGGGGUCAAGGAGCUUCUCUCCAUUUCUUUCUCUUUCUUCCUGCCUUUGUCGCCUCCCGG